AUGACUUCUCCUACUAAAGAAGGAAGUGAUCCAGCUGACAGUGCUCUCAAAAUUUUAGAAAAUGGGGCUCCGAACGACUGUAGUACAGAUGUAGAGCCUUCAUUUGCUGAUUCUAGUAUGAUCUCUCAGGUGGAAAGCCACCCAACGAACAGGGAGCUGGACACACCAAGCUGCCAGGGGCAUGCUAUUCCUCAAGCAGCAGAAAACAAUAAGCCUUCAGUUGAGAAGCUCCAGAAAGAUUCUCAAAAAGAAGGUGUAAAAAGAGGGUCCCUUUUCAUUCAGAUUCCCACUCCUAGAAAAUGGAUCUUUCUCAUGUCAGGAUUAGGGAGAAUUACCUACCUGGGUAUCCCACCAGUAAAAAUUGAUAAACGCUAUCCCUUAACUAAGAGAGCAAGACUCAACUCAGGAGAAGUGGAGGUGGAAACGAGCGAUUUCUGUCACCACGCUGUGAAUUACAAAGUUUCUCUCCAGUUCUCCAUUUCAUGGAGAAUCCCAUGCAUCAACAGCCAUAAGAUAAGAAUGGCCCUCUGCCUGCUGUGUAGGAGACAUUUCUGGCGGGCUGCAGGUCGCCAGAAUACCAUGCGAGUGAAGCCAAAAUACACAGCAUUUCUUCCUCAUCCAAAUGUCCUCACUCACGGGGAGAGAACCACGAUAUUUGGAAGACCUUUGAAUUCAUAUCACUGCUGUCCCCUCGCUGAGAGUCUGACAUCAGGAAAAUUUUCCGAAUCAACUGAUGCUGAAGGAAAGGAUGGAGUCCACAUCUUAGUGAGGCCUGUGUUCUGUGUCCCACAGGCCCGAAUUCAAAACACGUUUCAUCGGAAAGCACUUGGGGUCUCCCUACAAUGCGAGGGCUGUGAUUAUAAGCACCAGUAG